CUUUAACCAGUGCUAGGCUCGUGUUAGCGACGCCUCCUCAGCUGUUGGAAAUUCCCAUCUUCUCACUGCGCAUGCGCACACCUCUGACAGUUCACCAGCAUCAGGAGCCCACGUGCAGAGUCAGCGGAGGCGGUUGACCCGUGCAACUUUACUUCGAUUUAUUAUAUUCAUUAUAGCUCCGCCCCCCACGUUAAACGAAAAGAACCAGGAACUUGUGACGUGACGUCUGUACGAGGACGGCUGGUGGGGGGACAGACAGUGAAGAAAAGAAAUGGCGAUGCUCGGAGGAUUUAGCUCUGCACAGCACAAGAAAAAUGCCUCCGACGGGACCGGGGACGUGUCCGAAUUCCUCUGUCCCGUGUGUCUGGAAAUCUUCGACAGCCCCGUAAGAACACAGUGUGGCCAUACGUUCUGCCAGAGCUGUCUGCAGGAGUGUCUGCGCCCUCAGAAGCCUGUGUGUGCAGUGUGCAGGGCUGCUCUGGGUCACUGCACUAAAGCUGUGGAGGUAGAGGCCCUGAUUCAGGCAUCUGCAGCUGCGUGUAAAGGGUGUGGAACACAGGUCGGCCUGUCCCAGAUGAGAGCCCACACAGCUAGUUGUUCUAAAUUCCAGGAGUACAUCGAGGAAGGGGUGAGGACCACUGCCCAGACCCAACCUGCCAUCAUCAGUCCUGUACCAAACCGCUACACCUUUACCUGCCCUUACUGCAACUGCCCCAAUCUGGAUCAGGAUGGCCUAGUAGAGCACUGUACCUCUCUGCAUUCUCGGGAUAGUCGCCAAGUGGUGUGUCCUAUCUGUGCCUCUAUGCCCUGGGGAGACCCCAACUACAGAAGCGCUGACUUUCUGCAACAUCUGAAGAUUAGACACACCUUUUCUUAUGAUACCUUUGUUGAUUACUCCACAGACGAGCACACAAUGAUUCAAGAGGCUCUACAGCGCUCUCUGCUGGACCACUGAAGAAUGGCAGUGGGCCAGAUGGAAUAAAGCCAGUGAUGCUGAUGUCUUGUGAGGACAGUGCUGUAUCAUGAAGGUGGUGAUAUACAUUACAAUGGGAAACAGCUUCACAGAGCUCACCAUUAGGUUUCCACAUAACCCUAUAUAAAAGCCAGAGUUUGUGGGCUUAAGCCUACACUCUACUGAUUUAUGAUGCUGUGCUUCUGGUGUAAUAAGUUCUCUCCAGUCUGGUCUGUUGACCCGUUAAAUCUUUACUAUGUACAUCAGUGACAUACUGUCAUAUAGCCAACACUUCAGUGCAAUCAGAUAUCCCAGUUGUCAAUACUUGAUGUUUAAAAAAGGGUUUGACCACUAGGUGGCUUCCAAUUGCCAGCAAAUGACAGACUUUACACAGUAAAGAUGUCAGGUAAAGUUAAAAUUCUAUAAUGUACAUUGAAAUAUUCCAGGGCCCACUGCCCAGUAUGAUGGCAGUUAAAAAACGAUGAUGAAGCAGAUAAGGUUAACUGCACAGUACAGGGCUCUGUACGAAGAUUAUUUUUACUUGUUUUUUCUUCUGUGUUAUUUCAUGUGUUUUGAAGAUGUGCUUUCCACACAUUCAGAGAUCUACUGGAAAGAAUAAAUAAUAUGAGGGUUGAACCAAAGCCAGACAAGGCUGUUUGAUUAUUGUAACUCCCUUAUGUCUUUGUGCCUGCUGGUAGAUCUUACUUUUGACUUCCAAAUUUCAUAGGGCUAACAGUUCAUCCCAUAAACCAAGAGAGGCGCCUGAGUAUUGGUCUUUGGCAUGUCCUGGCCAUAAGAGGGCGGCAGUGCUCCAUGUAACAGCUUCUAUCUGUAGCCAUAAUUAAAUGUCCAUUAUCUCUGUAUUUUGGCCAAGUUUGUAUUUUGUUAAAACUGCCUCUGAAACAUUUUUUUCUCCCUCUGUUUACUUGUUGGGGAAAAAAAAGAAAAGUAAUACAAUUGUUUUUUUUCUGAUUGAGAAACAUCUCAAAAAGAUUCUCACCAAUUUAAAACCUUCCACAAUUUUGCCAUGUAAAAUGACUGGUUUAUAACAAUAAUUUUUCAUACAUAGUUUAAUGUGUAUUGUAAUGACUUAAAGUUCAAUUUCAAUAUAGCUCCAGUUUUAAUACAGCUGCACAUUAAAUAAUCUCUUCGUUGGAAUAUGCUUAACAGUAUUGGCUCAAAUGUAUUAUAAUAUAUAUAUGCCCAAGUUUGGCAUUUAUUUAGUCUGUUCUAAUUCAAUUCAAUUGGCACCUGUAAAAGAUUUGAAGAUGAUUUUUUUUUUUUUUUUUUUCUAAUCUGCAUUUCACUUAAAAUAAUGAACUAACACAGAUAUCUUUCCACAAUCUUUUAUUUUUUCUGAUGCACUUGUACGGAAUGGCCAUAAGCGAUACACAUCACAUACAUGUUUUUGUUUUGCUGUCUAAAAAUAAAUCAAUAUGGCAGAACUUUCCUUUGUCCAUUUAUCAUCAAUCGCUUUCGUUGGUGACGUUAUUCUUUGCCUGUGCGUCACAUUCUCUGCUGUCAAGGCGCUAAAUCCUGAUAAAUUAAACUUCUUUAAUUAUUUAAACCCUGGCCCUCACAAAUCAGGAGUAGUGAUUUAUACAUGUGUGUGUACUAGACAUGGGGGGAACACUCAGCUGUGAUGGAUGACACCACUGUGCACGAGCAGUUUCAAACCAAGCUAAUGUUGCAGGCUAUGACAAUUCAUACAAGGAUUUGAGUAAAUUGUGGAGAAAUUGUAAAGAUGUAUUUAUUUGUUGUUUUGACUUGAUAGGCAGUGUUAGUGGCACAGUGGCUGUGGUUACACACUCAGAAUGUGAUUAUCCAUUAUGGUCAUUGUGAUCAUGGUCCCUCUGAUUAGUCACAUCACACAUGUCCUUUUAAAGGGUUAGAAAUCAGAUAUUCAUCAAAUUUGGUGAGCGUGAUAGAAAUAUUCUGAGGCGAAGAAAAAAGUCCUUCAAAAAUUGAAUAAAACUGAAAUAGAAAAAAUAUUGCACAAUGCUAAUAGGUCACCUUUCAGUUAAUUAAUAGAUAAUUGCUUUCUUACGUUUAUAAAUAUUGAUCAUUUGUAUUCAGUUCCCAUACUAAAUAUCUGCAUGUUUUUACUUUAAAUAAUCAUUCCCUCACUGUACUGAUUUUGAAGAAGUUAUGCUGUUUACAUAGACUUUAGACUCAAUGUAAUGUCUCAAACAUGUUAAAAAUUAUAUCAGCUAGUCUUUGUUACAAGCAGUGUUAUGUCAUAUUAACAUUGUGUUUGCAAAGUGUUUGAUGUAACAAGGACAUUAUAAUGAAACCUUAGGCCUCUGGUGUGCAUUGUCCAGAGGGAGAUGACAAACUCUUGUAUAUGUGUAAUUACAUUGGCUAAAUAACACAACACUCA